CACCGCCCAGCGACGCGCACAUCGGCUGAUGUCACACCGACCGGAGCACAGCUGACAAACUCCCAAAGUUUGGCAAUAACAAAACCAAAGCUGCACUUUGCAGACAUCAGCAUGGAUUUAUUUGACUCCAGGACAUACCAUUAAAGACAAAAUAGGUGAAACAAAUAGAUAGUUCCACGUCGGAAUACGGAAUCCUCUGACUGGUUUUGCUCUAGAACCGGAGAUGUCUAAAUGAGACGCGCUAGUGUGGUGAUGCUGCCUAGUGUCGGCUAGCCCAUUUAGCAUGCUAGCAAGCUAACUGGAAGUGCAUGGCAAGCGAAACAGCGCUAGCCCGAUAGCUGGUGACCCACGGACUGCAUUACCACAUUCUUGUAGGUAAUCGUUAGCCACUAACUGGCGACUACGCUACUAGGUUUUCAUACGACGAGGGCCCAUGUGAUGACAGAGGGGGGCUGAGGGCGGGGCUGGAGCAGCCACCCAGCAGCAUGGAGGGGCCGGCCGUCCUACCGCCACUCCAGAACAAGGAUCCGUGUCGGGAGCGGAAGCGGCGCGGUGGGGAGGUGCAGCGCCUCGGCCGCAGCACGGCCACGGAGCAGCAGGAGGGGAGGCGGGGGGGGACGCCCCCGGAGGACAGGAAGUCUUCCCCGCUGACGGAGCUGGGGGGGGGGGCGGUGGCGCCCGACUCCUGGGACAUGGACUCCCAUGACGGGGAGGAGCAGGGGGAGAAGGGGAGUCGUAGUACUCCCAGCACGGACAGCCCUGCCCCCUCCAGCAGCUGCACAGAUCUGUCCCAGACAUCUCCCCCGUCUCUCAGUGACCAUCUGCAGCUGGGGAGGGAGGAGGGAGCGGGGGCAGGGAUCAACGUGGAGUGUCGUAUAUGCGGGGACAAGGCCUCGGGGUUCCACUACGGCGUGCACGCCUGCGAGGGCUGCAAGGGGUUCUUCAGGAGAACCAUCCGUAUGAAGCUGGAGUACGAGCGCUGUGAGCGCAGCUGUAAGAUCCAGAAGAAGAGCAGGAACAAGUGUCAGUACUGUCGCUUCCAGAAGUGUCUGCUGCUGGGCAUGUCCCACGACGCUAUCCGGUACGGGCGCAUGCCGGAGGCAGAGAAGAGGAAGCUGGUGGCGGGGCUGCUGGCCGGGGAGGAGGGCGGAGGGAACAGCCCCGCGGGCUCCGACCUCAAGACAGUGGCCAAGAGGGUCAACGACGCUUACCUGAAGAACCUCAACAUGACCAAGAAGAAGGCUCGGGGCAUCCUGACGGGGAAGACCAGCUCCAACCCUGUUCAGUUUGUACAGAACCCCUUUGUGAUCCAUGACAUGGACACGCUGUGGCAGGCGGAGAACGGGCUGGUGUGGAACCAGAUGGUCAAUGGCGCUCCACCCAACAGGGAGAUUGGCGUGCACGUGUUCUAUCGCUGCCAGUGCACCACGGUGGAGACUGUCCGUGAGCUCACCGAGUUCGCCAAGAGCAUCCCUGGCUUUGUCGACCUCUUCCUGAACGACCAGGUGACGCUCCUCAAGUACGGCGUCCAUGAGGCCAUCUUCGCCAUGCUGCCCUCACUCAUGAACAAGGACGGCCUGCUUGUGGCCAAUGGGAAGGGCUUCGUCACCCGCGAGUUCCUGCGGAGCCUGCGGAGACCCUUCAGCGAGAUCAUGGAGCCCAAAUUCGAGUUUGCCGUCAAGUUCAACGCCCUGGAGCUGGAUGACAGCGACCUGGCCCUCUUUGUGGCCGCCAUAAUUCUGUGUGGAGACCGACCAGGCCUGAUGAACGUGAAGCAGGUGGAGGACAUGCAGGACAGCAUCCUGCAGGCCCUGGACCAGCACCUGCAGGCCAACCACACCGACUCCACCUACCUCUUCCCCAAGCUGCUGCAGAAGAUGGCCGACCUCCGGCAGCUGGUCACCGAGAACGCCCAGCUGGUCCAGAAGAUCAAGAAAACCGAGUCGGAGACGUCGCUGCAUCCUCUCCUCCAGGAGAUCUACAAAGACAUGUACUGACUUGUACCAGAAGGAGAUCUACAAAGCCAUGUACCGACUCGUACCAGAAGGAACCAGGCUUGGCUUGGCCAGGAGCCUGUUGGGUCGGAAUUGAACUGAAGGCUGUUUCUGACCUUGACUGGACAGGACUGGGUUGUGGU